AACUGUGCCGAGUUGUGACAUCAAGAAGAAAACAGUCUGAAAAACAUCAUCGUCGGCGUUCUUUAUCCAGCGCCAUUUGGAAAAGUGGUGUUUUUCAUCGGAAAAACCUCUCAAAAGUUAAAAGUUGCUGCUGAAUCCCCUUCUCAAUCAUGUCGCGGCACAUUACCGAGGAGGAUAUCUCGCUGGACUACGCGUCGGAGCCGGACGAGUACGAAUCGGAAUACGUGCAGGACUUGCUGCUGGUGGCCGAUCAGUUCGAGGUCUACAUCGGGAACACGGGCAAAGUAAAGUUCGAGAACUAUUACCGUCUGUUUCGGCAGUACGGUUUCAUCCGGGAUAUGACCUUUUGGCGGACGCACAAUCACCUGUACCACUGCCGGGUAGCUUACCGGUGCAAGGCCGAAGCGGACAAAGUCAUCGAGCAGAUGAACAAUCGCAAGUUCUACGGCAAGCGCCUCCGGGUGUGGCAUGCGUUGGACCGGAUCGAGCUGGACUAUGCGGCUGCCAUCCGGAUCGAUGAUUUGGCGCAGGAUGUUGCCGAAGAGGACAUAUUCGACCACUUCUUGACCUGCGGCGACAUUCGCUACGUGGUAAAGACUGGCUUUGCCGCAUACGUCCAGUUUGCGUCUGCUUCCGCAGCGUCCCAAGCGCUUGGUCUGGAAAUGAUUCUAAACGGGGACCCGUACACGUUGUGUCGGAUUGCGGCGGACGAUCGCAUCGAUCACGCCCAGGUCAUAGAGAACACGAAGGACAUCAAGUACCGCAAGCCGUUCAUCAUCGUGGAGAACUAUCCGGAGCUACCGUUCGAAGAUCUGGCCCGGUAUAAGAGCAACUUCGACUCGAUUGCGCCGGUCAGGCAUUUCAAGGUGGCUCCCACCGGGGACCAGACGGUCACUUUGGCUCUCUGCAUGGACAAGGCGAACGAUCGGGAUGCGGUGAUUAGUCGUUUUAACGGUGCGAUCAUCAGCGACAAGAAACUCAAAGUGUACAUGGCCCCCGGGAAAGCCCGGAUGACGCCGGCCCAUUUAGCCAAGUAUGCCAUUUGCAAGAACUCGAUCACGGUUGAUAACGUUCGUCCCUAUUUCAAAGAUUACGACGUGUGUAUGCUGUUCCGGAAGUGUGGUUCAAUCAGCUUCCUCGAGCAAAUCGAGAACCGAUGGAUCAUCUGCUUCGAUAGCCCUUCGGCGGUUUCUCUGGCACGCAGCUUCCACCAAUUCAUGUUGUACCGACGGGAGCUGAAGAUUAGCCCCUUAACGCAGGAAUCUUUACCGGUCUCGAAGAAAAUCCAGCUGCGGGAUCCGGAUGGUCACAUCAAGCUUCACACAGAAGAGAAGAAAAAACCCAAUGUACCAAAGUAUGGACAAGGUGCUGAUGAUUUUCUCAAAGAUCUUCUGAAAAACAUGGAUCAAAAAUUUAAGAAAGAUCCGCCCAAAGCCGGUGCAAUGGAGUCAGCCUCCGCCGAUGGGACUGUCAAACAACAGAAGCCAAUGCCACAGGCGAAGCCUUCUGCACACCCGGCUACCAAAGUUAAGAAUCCGGCUGCCGCGGCCAAAAAAUCUCAACAGACAGACGACCACAAAGCAGAGGAACCAAGUGGAUCGUCGGAGACAGCGAAGCAAAGCGACGACAAUAAUCCGUUGACCGAUGACCCUGAUUCCACUUACAGCAACAGCAUAACGGUAGGCAACCUACCGAAGGGCAUCGAGGAAAAUGAUCUCCGUGAGCUGUUCCAACCUUCCCGGAUAAAAAAGGUUACUCUGUACUGCAGCAAGGAUCCCUACUAUCCGUCCUCGUGUGCGGUCUUCGAGGUGGCUUCGAAAGCGGACGGGAAAGCUAUUCUAUCGCACCACCAUGAUCUUUAUCGGGGAAAACGAGUUCUCAUCAUGCACAGUUUUCAACGAGGGCUGGAUUUUGCGCCCGAGAAAACUUUGUUGCUGAAAAAUCUGCCUCCAAACGUGAACGAGGAGGGUAUCGUGAACGAGGUGCAGCAAAUCUUUGGCCCCGAUUCGGUGGAAGAUGUGAUCAAACCGACCCAUCAUUACGCAUACUUUGACUUCAAGGGCGAACAGUUGGCCUACAAGGUGAUAAAUCGGCUUCGGGGAGCGCUUAUGCGUUUCAAGAUCGACGUAUUUCAAGUGUACGCGAAAGUGCCCAAAACGUGCUUGAAUUUGCGUUCGCACGAUCAACGCCCGAUAGAGGAUGUACGCAACCAGUGCGGGGCACGACUGCCGGACGACGCUCGGCCGAGUCAGGAUGAUAAGGAAGACUUUGGCGUGCACAAUGCCCACAAGCUGUUUGUCGGUAACAUCCCGCGUGACACCCUCGCCGUAGACAUCAUCGACUAUUUCAACAACUUUGGCACCGUCAUCGAUUACUCCCCGGUAGAGAAGAAGAGCUGCUACCUGCGCAAGUCCGCCAUUCUCAGCUUUAUGAACUUGAAGCACGCGCAAAAUGCGUUCUGCCAGCAGCCACACUAUCUGGAGGGUAGCAAGUUGAAUGUCCACAUAAUGGAUUGUCCGCCGUUUAGUUUUCCGGAAAAUGACGUGAAGCUGAUGACCAUUAAAUUCCACAGUCCAUUCCUAACCGAUGAUGAAAUUCGAAACCGUAUCAGCAGUGCGGUAACGGUAGUCAGCGAUAUGCGAUUCGAUGCGUUCGAUGACCGGGCAAACUAUGUUGCUAGGUACAAAGUAACACAGAAGAAAUAUCCUGCCUUCGAGGCCCUUUUCGACACCCAAUACAUCAACGACGAAGCGGUUAAAUUCUUCCAUGGAUACGAUCCGACACCGGCCACGGACAAAGAAGCUUGCGAAAAUCGGUUUAUCACCGGUUCCGGAUAUCGACAGCAGAAGGAGAAAUACCUUAGCUACAUUAACUACAAUGAAAAUCUCAAGGAAGACAUGGAAAUGCGCACCAAACCCAGCAAAGAGGCGGAUCUUCCGUUCAAGGCGUUCUACAAUGAUUACUCGAUACAAAUCAACAACGUUUCUAUGGACACCAAUCUGGACAACAUUCGGGAUCUCUUCCUUAAGUGUGGCGACAUCGUUGACUACCGAGCGUUGCUCCUGGAGGAGGACAAUACCAAGAUCUGCUUUGUAAAGUUCAAGAUAGAUCUGUCGGCGGAUUUGGCUUGCACCUACAAUCAACGGAUGUUCAAUGGCAAGAGACUUCUGGUGCACCUGGCGAGGGAGACUCUGGUGGCCGAACGGGAACGAUCCGUUCUGUUGGAGAGGCUGAACCCAUUGUCAACCACGGAGGACAUCCACGGGGCAUUCUCGGAGAUCGGUAUAGUCAAGUACGUUCAAAAGCAGUCACCGUUCACGGCCAUCGUGUGCUUCAAGGAUAAGGACACCAUGCUCGAGGCUGUUAAUGUAACCUCCAUCCCCAAGUCGGGACAGUUCAUCGUCAAUCCAUGUUACGAAGAGUACGAUCCCCGUCUGUUCAACAAUUUCUGCUGCCAGGAAGAGCACAUCUCAUACGAACAGAUGCGGAACUCGCUUAGGCCUCGCAUCCUGCCGGAAUUCCACCAACUGGAACUGGAACGCCAAGUGUUUGAAUUUCUUCCCGAGGAAAUCAAAAGCCACCUCAUCAACGAAAUAUUCCUGGCUCGUGAAAAAAUUCCCGGCUUCAACAUGCGCCCGAAACACCAGCAGAUCAACAUCCUGAAAACUCAGUAUCAGGACUUCUCCCAGAAGGAACACUUCUUACGGUUGACACCACGGGAACAGGAAAAACUACUGGACAUAACUAGUAAACUACAGCAAGAGUACCCCUACGAGGAAGUCCGGGAUCAGGAUGUUCUUCCGCCUUCCUCAAAACAGUCUCGCAUGGAAGAAACUGCCCCUAGAAAACCUGACAAAGCUUUCGCGGCCAAUUGGUACUCGAGCGCUUCACAAGAACCCGCACCCAUGCCGAUUCCACCGCCACAACAAAGCAUGGAACCCCUGAAUGCCAACCACGUGGCUCAAGCCCUCCCCACAUCCGGUCUGCUUGGAUUCCCAGGGCAGAAUCUACCUCCGAUGGGAUUCCCGCCCCAGAACCAAAUGUUCCCUGCGGGCGGAUUUGGCCCCGGCCCCGGUUUCCAAAACAUGUGCCCUCCCAACAGACCACCGUUGUUCCAAGGUGGCGAUGGUAUCCUAGGGGCACCGCCAAUGCUUGGAGCGAGACAAAUGGGUGGAAUGCCAGGGCCUUCUAUGGGUGCCGGUCCCGGCGUUUGGGUGCAACAGCGGAGGGCAGCCAUGGCGUACAAUGCUGGUCCAAGCCCACCGAUUGCUGGGCCUGGGCCCUAUCCGCCGGGACCUGGACCGAUGGGUUUCCAGCGUCCGCCUUACUUCAAUUGAGAGAAGUAAGGAUGUGGGCGGAUGUAGAUUGCUUUUCGCACUUUCUUUUAUACUGUAUUCACCGUGAGAGUAUGCAAAUAGAACGAUCAAAAUGUGAAA